AUGUGGGCCGUCGACAGUGGUGCAACGCACCACAUUUGCCACGACAAGACCAAGUUCGCAAGUUUGGCAGAUCGCAAUGAGGGCGAACUCUUGGUGGCUGAUGGCAACAAGGUGGCCAUCAACGGUGUGGGAACCAUCAUGGAAAAGGUGGUUCUGCCCAACGGUGAAGAGCGUGAGAUCGAAAUCAAGAACGCGCUGUAUGUUCCAAGUAUGAGCAAGAACCUGCUCUCGGUGCCACAGAUUAACAGCCAUGGCAAGUUUCAAGUCGUGUUUGACGGGUCCAAGAUGUAUGUGACUCUCAAGAACUCACAGCAAGUGGUGGCGACAGCGGAUCUCGUGGAUGGACUCUACUGGCUUCGGACGACUCAACGAUCAGCGAAUGUGACAACAAGUGGAACCAGUUGUGCCGAUCUACAUGCGAGAAUGGGUCAUGCUCCAGUCGAUGUACUUCGCAAGAUGAUCGCGACCAACAUGAUCAAGGAUGUGCGAGUCCCUCUCAAGUCGGGUGGAGCAACUACAUGUCGACGAUGUCAACAAGGGAAAAUGGUCCAAAAACCAUUUCCAAGCAACCGAGACAAGCGCAGCUACGAUACGUUUGAGCUACUUCAUCUGGACAUCUGCGGGCCCAUGGAAAAGAAUUCACUCGGUGGCAGCAAAUAUGUGCUGCUGAUCAUCGACGAAGCCAGUGGAUGCAUGAAGGGCUUUUGUCUACGAGUGAAGUCCGAGAGUGAAGACUACAUCCGGAAAUAUAUCACCAUGGUACAGACGCAAUUCUGUAAGAAGGUCAAGUUCGUGCGUCACGAUGGAGCUCGAGAGUUUGCAACCAACUCUCUCAAGGCGUUCUACCAAGACCAAGGUAUUGAGCAGCAGACCACGGUCCCGUACGCGCAUCAAACCAACGGAACAGCAGAUCGUGCCAUUAGGACUAUUGUCACGAUCGGCCGCAGCAUGCUUCAUCAUGCCAAACUGGACAAGUGUUUCUGGGCCGAAGCAGCGAUGACGGCCAUCUACGUCAAGAAUCGACUGCCGUCACCUAAAGUCGUGCACAAGACCCCGUUUGAGAUCGUCUACAACUUGAAACCAAGCGUCAAACACAUGCGAACAUUCGGGUGUCAGACAUACAUACUGACGCCUAAAGAGAAUCGACUCAAGUGGGAUCCAAAGGCUCGCGCUGGCAUAUUCGUGGGCUACGAAGAAGUUUCGAAGGCAUAUCGUGUUUAUGACAUCGAGGCGGGGCAGGUGGUUAUCAGCCGCGAUGUCAACUUCGACGAGUCCACCUUUGGACUUCAACUGCCGAUCACUGAUGAAGAUGUCGAUGACCUGGACUUCGAAUUGCUGGAUCUUGAUGACGAAGAGCUGCGUCAAAUGGAGUACAAGCAAGCAGGCAAGCGCAAGAACCGACUCAAUGAUGAAGAUACAGCAGCUCCACGACCGCGUGCAGUGCGUCAACGACCAGGACUAGAAGAGCCAAGCGCGCCGGAAAACAACUCGUCACGCCAAGAAGAAGACGAAGAAACGAAGGAUUCUGGUGAUUCAACACCGCCUGUGUUUUAG